AUGGCCGGUCCAGGUGGUGGUCCCCCGCGCAAAAGCCACACCAAGUCCCGCAACGGAUGUAAGACCUUCGCAAUUGCACCAAGCACAACUGUCGCUGUGAUUACCAGGACAUGGCCGCAACGCAAAGCAGCCCCCCCUCCACGGCGGGGUCCCGAUCUGCUCAUGUCGCCUGAAAUAGAAAUGGAGAUUGAGAACUGGCACCGAACUGGUGUCCCUCCAUAUCCAGAGCUGGUUCAGUGUCCGCGUGCUGGAUGGUCUCAUCUAUCGCGGGCGGAUUUGCGCUUAGUGCACCAUAUUAUCGGCCUUUCGAUCGAUUUACAUCGCCGGGGUCUGAGUAGCUGCACCGUGUGGGCGCAGAAGAUGCCCAACUUUCUUGCGAUUGCGCUAUCCAAUGAAUUUGUCAUGAGCGCUAUUCUGGGCUUAUCGGCAUUCCAUCUGGCUUUCUUGACUCGAGAUCAGGAAACUAAGCAGUUGGCUUAUCACCAUAAAGUGACCGCCCUCCGGGGCUUGCAGACAGCCAUCGGCGCCUUCUCCAAGGAUAACUGUGAGGCCGUUCUUGCGGCUUCGAUUUUGCUUUCGUGGCAAGCAACUGAACGCCAAAUGUGGAUGUCAUUACAACAAGGCAUCUCAACGGUCCUCGAAUCGAUGCAUCCAUUCUGGAAACAAGAAUCCGAACUAGCGCAAUUCGUCGAAAACCAGCGCGCUUUAAGCGCAUCCGAUUUCCCAUUAUCUCUCGAGGAAGACCUAAACCAACUCGAUCAAACCGUUCGCGCCCUCCAGGUCUCUCAGAAGCGUGUAUCCCACAACCCCGAGCAUACCCAGCGCCUAGCCGAGCUCGUCGACUUCGUGCAACAGUUUCGAAACGACUACCCAACCCAAACCUCCGAGCAAGCAUUUGAGCGCAUUCAGAUUCUCCGGCGCUGGCUAUUCUGGCUUCCUGCCUCGAUGCUUCGAGGCGGCGACUCUGAUUUCAGUGCUCUGGCUGUUCUCUCUCAGUUCUUUGCCGUCGGCGUCGCGUUGGACAGAUUCUACCCCGAAAUGGGCGGCGCAUAUCUAGGCGGGCUGUCCAUCGGACCGAUCGAAGAAACAUACCGCAUUCUAGCCGCGAACAGCGCCACAGAUCCUUACAAUGCAGACCUAUGUCUUGGAAUGGCCUUGAUGGAUCUUCCACGGCGAGUUGUCGCAAGAUACCGCACCCGCUUGGCCUGGUCCCCUCGUCCUUCUGUCGAGCAUUACUCACCUGGCCCGUCGAGUCCAUACCACGGUAUGCAGGAAUACCCCGUCGCCUCAUCCUCCUCGCCUGCAUCCGCCUCUCCCUCCUACGUCGCAUAUACCCCUCCUCUUCAAUCUCCUCCCGCCGUUACAGUUGCGGGCUCUCCGUUCCAUCUGACGGAUGGCUAUAUUACAGCUGCACCUUCGCAUACCCUUUACCCCCCUUCUCCUCAACUUCUCGAUACGCACGACCCGCAUUUGGGAUUGUCGGAAAUUCGUCACACACACAGUCUACAGAACCCAUCGGCAUUUACUCCUCCAUACGGCGCUGAUGGUCUCUGCGCUGAUAUGCCCCAUCAGAACGGCUCUCUCGGUCUCAAUGUGGAUCUGUACCAACAAUCACACCACUUUGAGAUGCCAAAUAUGGUCACACCUGGGACUAUCUGGACAUAG